AUGCCACCCGAAGGAAGCACGAGGGCUAGGAUAUUGCCAGGUUGCUCAAGCCUAGACAGGGGAAGUCGAGUGGCGGAGGUCGGAUUCGAACCACGAACCUUCCGCGCAAUGGAAAAGCCAGCAAUCAGUGAUGCGGUUGCGGAGGGCGAUGAAUUCAUUUGCUGUGAUGGUCACAGCAGUACGGAGAAUCAUUUAGCUAGCUUCCCUUCCCGAAAAUUCUUAUCAUUUGCUGUGAUGAUCAGAGCAGUACGGAGAAUCAUUUAG